AAAAAAAUAAUAAAAAUAAUAAAUCAGUUUAACUUUUAAAUCAUUAUUAUUCAUUCAUUUCUUUAUUUUCUUUUUAUUUUUUACGUUCUCUACAAUCGAUCAUGGGUAGAAUAAGUAAAUUAAAUCAUUAUGUCGCGGCAUCACCUAUAGGAAAAUACUUUAGAUUGGAUGGAUCAUUAUCACCUUUAUCAAGAGAAGGAACGAAAUUUACAACAGAAGUUAGAGCAGGAAUAGCAACAUUUUUUACCAUGGCAUAUAUCAUAACAGUUAAUUCAGCAAUAAUAGCGGAUAGUGGAGGAUCAUGUGAAUGUAAUAAUAAAUUAAAUAAAUCAUGUAUAGGAGAUGAAACAUAUGAAAAAUGUUUAGGAAUUAUUAAACAUGAUUUAAUAAUUUCAACUGCAUUAAUAACAUGUAUAGGAACUACAAUAAUGGGAUUAUUUUCAAAUUUACCAAUAGCAUUAGCACCAGGAAUGGGAUUAAGUGCAUAUUUUACUUAUACAGUUGUUGGAUAUCAUGGUAAUGGUAAAAUAUCAUAUAAAGCAGCAUUAUCAGCAGUAUUUUUAGAAGGAAUAUUAUUUGUUAUAUUAUCAAUACUUGGUAUAAGACAAUAUUUAGCUAGAAUUAUACCAAUGAGUAUAAAAACUGCAACAGGAACAGGAAUAGGAUUAUUUUUAACAUUUAUUGGAUUACAAAAAUCUGCUGGUAUAGGAUUAAUUAGUUAUGAUCCAUCAACUUUAGUAACAUUAGGAGGAUGUCCACAAUCUGAUCUAGAUGAAACGGGAAGAUGUUUAAAUCAUCAUAUGGAAAGUGCAACAACUUUAUUAGGAAUAUUUGGAUUUAUUAUAAUAACUAUAUUAACUUUAUAUAAAGUUAAAGGAAGUUUAUCAAUAGGUAUAAUAUUAAUUAGUAUAAUAUCAUGGUUUAAAAAUACUAGUUUCACAUAUUUUCCAGAUACAAAAGUUGGAGAAAAUAGAUUUGAAUUUUUUAAAAAAGUUGUAAGUUUUCAUUUAGUUGAUAAUAAUUUAGCUGUAAUGAAUUUCGAUUUUAGUACUAGUGAAGUAUGGGUUGCACUUCUUACAUUCUUAUAUGUUGAUAUAUUAGAUACUACAGGUACUUUAUAUUCUAUAGCAAAAUUUGGUGGUUAUAUGAAUCAUGAAACUGGUGAUUUUGAAGGUUCAACGGCAGCAUUUAUUUGUGAUGCUAUCUCUAUUUCUAUUGGUGCAUUAUUUGGUAUUUCACCUGUAACUGCUUUUAUAGAAUCAAGUGUUGGUAUAAAUGAAGGUGGUAGAACUGGUAUAACUGCUUUAGUAACAUCAUUCUGUUUUGGUAUAAGUAUAUUUUUUGCUCCAAUAUUCGCUUCUAUACCUCCAUGGGCUACAGGACCUGCUUUAAUAGUUAUUGGUAGUAUGAUGGCAAGAUCUAUUAAAAAUAUUAAUUGGGAUUAUAUUGGAGAUUCCGUACCAGCUUUUCUUACUAUAGCUCUAAUGCCUUUAACUUAUAGUAUUGCUUAUGGUUUAAUUGCUGGUAUUGGAUCUUAUAUUAUUAUUAAUACGACGGUAACUUUAAUUGAUAAAUUAACCAAAGGAUAUAUUAAGGCAUCAAGAAAAACUUUUAAUGGUGAUUGGCCUGAUGAAAAUAUGACAUUAGAUUAUAAUUCACAACAUUUGGCUAAUUCUGUUAAUUUAUUUCCCACUUGGUUGGUUCGUUCAUUUAAACAUUUAUUUAAUAGAAAUGACGAUAAUGUUGAUAAUUCUGAAAAUCCUGAAAUCAAAAUGAAUGAUUUUGAUAGUAAUAAUAAUUUAAAUAAUUUAAAUGUCGUAAAUACAGUAUGAGUAUUAAUUUAGUCUCAUAUUUCCCAAUCAAAUAUAUAUUUUUUUUACUUUACUUUUC